ACCUACCAUGAACGAGAUUCUUUCGGAUUUUUUUUUUUAAUAAUGUCUGCUCCGAUGAUGCUCAGAGAGAGAGAGAGAGAGAGUUUCAUUUUCAGCCUUCAAAUCUGAACACAGGAACAGCAAACGGCAACAAGAUUGUUCAAUCAUUGACAAACACUGCUCCAACUUUCUAUAAACCCUUUUUUUUGUGUUCAUUUGCUCAAAAUCAAACUAGGGUUUUCUCGGAUUUUGCUCCUUUCCCUCGCUUUUUUCUGAAUCUCCAGCUUGUUUCUCACUCGCUCGAUCUAAUGCCUCUGAGAGAAAAUGUUUAUUUCACCUGAACCAGAAGGGAUUUCGAUGGCGGAAUCUCCGGCCGGUUCAUCGUCUUUUUCCGAAUCAAUUGAAUCUUCUCCACUACCGGUUCCCAUGGUUUAUACCGAUGUAAACAUCGUUCCUGAGUAUCAGAAAAAUGAGCUUGAGAAGUCAAUAUCAAAUCUUGAAGAGGAAGUUGCGGAGCUGAAGUCGAAGCUAAGGUCCUUGGAUGGGAAGAGGAGGGAAGUUCUGAAUAAGAUAAUAGACAUUAAAGGAAGUAUAAGGGUGUUUUGUAGAGUUAGGCCAUAUCUCUUGACAGGAAGGAGACCGAUCCGGGAACCCGUUUCAGUUGGAUCGGAGAAUAUCGUUGUUAGAUCUGGAGGGUCUCAGAAGGAAUUCGGGUUUGAUAAGGUCUUUCCUCAAUCUGCAAGUCAAGAAGACGUCUUCACCGAUGUAAAACCCAUUGUUAGAUCGGCCCUUGAUGGUCAUAAUGUAUGUGUCUUGGCCUAUGGUCAAACUGGGACAGGCAAGACGUUCACCAUGGAUGGUACAAUCGAGCAGCCGGGUGUUGUUCCUCGAGCUCUUAAGGAGCUCUUUAACCAAGCAUCAAUGGGUCAUACACAUUCCAUGACAUUUACCAUGAGCAUGUUGGAAAUAUACAUGGGUAACCUGAAAGAUCUCUUGUCCUCGAGACAGCCUUUGAGGUCUUAUGAAGCAUCAUCUAAAUGCAAUCUCAACAUUCAAUUAGACUCGAAAGGAUCUGUUGAAAUCGAGGGUCUAACAGAGGUGGAAAUACCAGAUUUCACAAAGGCGAGAUGGUGGUACAGUAAGGGGAGACGGUUGAGAUCAACGUCGUGGACAAAUGUGAAUGAUGCUUCCAGCAGAUCCCACUGCUUAACAAGGAUCACGAUCUUUCGUCGGAUGGAUGAUGAUGCUGUUGGAUCGAAAACUGAAGUUAGCAAGUUUUGGAUGAUAGAUCUCGGAGGAAGUGAGAGGUUACUGAAAACAGGGGCCACAGGACAAACUAUGGAUGAAGGAAGGGCCAUUAACCUCUCGCUUUCCGCUCUUGGAGAUGUUAUUGCAGCUUUAAGGAGAAAGAAGGGUCAUGUUCCUUACAGAAACAGCAAGCUAACUCAAAUCCUCAGAGAUUCCCUUGGCACUGGUUCGAAGGUUCUGAUGCUUGUGCACAUAAGUCCUUGUGAAGAAGACUUUGCAGAAACAAUUUGCUCCCUGAGCUUUACAAAACGUGCAAGAGCUGUGGAGUAUAACAGAGAAUCCACGCCGGAACUUCGGAAGCUGAAAGAGAAAAGAAUAUCGGAACUCGAAGAAGACAUGCGAGAAACUGAAGAAGAAUGCAAGAAAAUAGAAGCUCGGUUGCAGGAGGCAGAGCAUCUACUGCGUAAAAACAAUAAACUAUUCUCAAUCACUUACGAUAAAUCUCAAGAAAAUGGGGAAAAAUGCGAUCUCUCACCUUCAGAUGAUCUGAAAGACGUUAGACCGACACCGAAAUCAUCUGAUAAACCAGUAAAAGUGAAAAAGACUUCUGGGCUUGUUCCUCGGUUCAUGAAUUCUACAGUGGCAAGCCGCCAGAGGCAAACAACCUCGGAGAAGGAAAUCAAUGGAAAGGCUUGGAGCUUGAGAUCAGUGGCUAAAACCUCGGUACAGUUCUCGACCUCUCACUCCCUUAACCUCUAUGACUCUCGUUCAAGAGCUAUCCUCAAAAGAUCAGAGACAAAACCGCUUAAAGCUGCUGUAGCCAACAUUCAAACACCAGAAACCCCGAAAGCUAAUGUUAAAGAAACCUCUUUGCCAAGAAGCAAGAUGGUAACUUCAUCAGAUCCAAAUGUCAGAGUCAUCCUUUGUCGUCACAGAAGAAGAAUGUCGAAUCUGAUCUGAUCUGAUCUGAUCAUUUUUUUUUCUCCCGGGCUUUCUUUCUUGUCUUGUUAUAGUGAGUUUUUGAGGGGUCAAGGAUCAUUUUUCUUGUGGUUCUUGCAGUUCUGGUUUUAAAAGAACGACCCUCAAUUAUUUUUUUUUGCAUAUGUGAGAGCUUCUCUUGGGUUUGUUUUCGUCUGUUUUGCAAUGUCUAAAUAUGCAGAUGCUCUUCUUUUGUGUUCUUGAUUUGCUUUUCACCAUGGGUUUGUGGCUGUAACUAGACUAGAUCUUCUUCUGUAACAUACUGGAUUUAUCAUUCAAUGAAAGGGAUUUCUUUUAUCUUA